UUGAGCAAGGCAGGUGCUGUCGGCAGGGCUGCACUCGGGGCCCGUGGCUGCGGGCGUGGUGGGGCUGAAGGUGCCGCGCUACUGCCUCUUCGGGGACACGGUCAACACCGCGGCGCGUAUGCAGACUACCAGCAUGGCGGGUCGCGUGCACGCCUCUGCUGACACUUGCGCCCUGUUGCCUCAGGGUCGCUACUGUGUCGAAUGCCGGGGACUCGUUUCUGUUAAGGGCAAGGGGCCCAUGCGCACCUUCUGGGUGUCGGAGGGGCCGGCGCGGCGCGGGUCG